CGUGAGAUAGACAUGUGUAAUCAAACUUAGAGCGCGAUAUAGAUCAGGCAUGUUUUUCAGGUUGCUCAAUCGAGCUCAGGAUCUCUCCCACUCAAGCAAACAUGGCGGAUAAGGAUCCAUUCCGGCAGCUGAAAGAUCUAUCUCUGCUCAAAGACCAGCUCGAUAACAUCCAGCGUCGGGUGGAGGAUGAAGUCGGGGUUGGGGUCCCACAGGGUGGAAGUGUGCUGAGUUCCCCCUUCCUGAAGGGCUUUUUGGCUGGGUAUGUGGUGGCGAAGCUCCGCUCCUCUGCGGUCCUGGGAGUUCUCGUAGGAACCUGCACAGGCAUCUAUGCUGCUCAGAGCUAUCAAGUUCCUAACGUUGAGCAGACCAUAAAAAACUACUUCAGCUCCUUUAAGAAGAGAUAGAGGGAGCCAAAAAAACAACUUCAGAAAUGGUGCCUCUUCCAGAAACUUAAACGUACCUCAACUGAGAUGCCACUCAUCAGACCACAUAGAAUAACUGGAGGUAUUUAGAUGAUACUUGGGUUAGCAAUUUUAGGCUAGGUUUCUAUUUAAAGUGGGUUAGGUCUGUGCUGUUACAACAGCUUUUUUUUUUUUAAGACACUAUACACCUAAAUUCCUUAAAUGGUAAAAAUGGCCAAAGCGUUGUUAUUUAUCAGUUCUUAAUAUGCUCAAAAUGUCAAUGUUCUGUCUGUUAAAUGAAUAUUUUUUCCAAUGCCUUUAUUUUUAAUAGAGGUUUGCACUAAACAGGUGAACAAUCAGGCACAACACACUUUGUAAAUGAUGUCUGGCAUUGAUUCCUGUACCUGUCAAGUGUCAGAGAUCGCUGGACUUGAGUUGCUGAAGCCUUUUAUGUAGUUGUUGGAUAAAUAAAUGUUGCACUUUACCACACUCAACCACUUCUGCUUUUAAUAGAUAUAAUGGAAGUCAGCCUUUGGAAGUGAAAUAGAAAACAGGAAGUAGUCUAAUUUGAGGUCAAAUCUGAGUAUCAUGCAUUUGUUUUUUUUUUUGCAUGGAGUGGUGAGGUUUUAAAGUGUAAUCCAUAUAAUAAUGCAUACUUUUUCUACAUAAAGAAUUAUAUCAAAAGAAUAGUUUUGAAAAAUAGGAAUUCUUUCCUUUGCUUUAUUUGUGUAUAGUAUUUCUUUGGCAUGCCUUCUAAUAUCAUUUCCAUCAUGCGUGAUAUAUUUUUGUGGAAAGAUUCUUUUACAUUCAUUGCAUGUUUUUCAUUGCAUGGGGUUUUUGAAAAUGUUGUAUUUUAAUGAAUAAAAAUUGGGUCUAGAAAA